CGUGUUCACUGGUCCCGGGUUCCAAACGGAAAGCUGAGCUGCCUCCCGGUAUGAUAUCCCACCCCGUGGUCCGGGCUCUCCGCAGCAGUGUGAGGUGCUGGAGACACCGGGCGGUCCUCGGAGCGGCUCUGGAAGCCUCAGACGUCGGCUCCUGGCGCCGGUACUCGACCCCGGGGAUGGAGGAGGUCCUGGCCAGGGUCGUCGCACCUUUACCCUCCUACGAGACCAGAGACAAGUCCCCCCCUCCGCCCGAGUCCAACAGCCUGGAGUUCAUGCACUUCUACAGGAGUCUGGACAGGGAGGACAGGCUUGGCUUCCUCUCCAAGCUGUCCCAGGACUUCGGCGUGGACCAUAAGACCGUGUCGGAGCUCGCCGUCAAGCUGCUGGACACGCAGCUGCGGGACCCGGCGACCGUUUUACAGGCGGAAGACCGGCUCCGGUACAACCUGACUCCCCGGUACAAGCAGCUGCUCAGCCACAUCAGCAGGGUGGAGGGGGGCGUGAAGUUUCUGGUGGACCUCCGAGCCGAUCUGAUCGAAAUCAUCUCGUCCAAAGCGAGCGAGAGCGCGCACAUCAGGGACCUGAACGGGACGCUGAAGGGGUUGCUGUCUGAGUGGUUCUCUGUGGGUCUGCUAAGACUGGAGAGAAUCACCUGGCAGUCGCCCUGUGAGAUCCUGCAGAAGAUCAGCCAAUACGAAGCGGUGCAUCCUGUGAGGAACUGGACCGACCUGAAGCGCAGAGUGGGACCAUACCGACGCUGCUACGCCUUCACUCACGCUGCGAUGCCUGGAGAGCCGCUGGUCGUGCUGCACGUGGCCCUCACCGAAGACAUCUCCGAUAACAUCCAGAGCAUCGUCCGCGAGUUCACCAACCUGGACUCAGAGGAGGAUGUGAAUAAGAUCAACUCAGCCAUCUUCUACUCCAUCUCUUCAACCCAGGCUGGUCUGCAGGGGGUGGAGCUGGGCAACUACCUCAUCAAGAGGGUGGUCCGAGAGCUGCAGAGUGAGUUCCCUCACAUGGCCCAGUUCUCCAGCCUGUCUCCCAUCCCAGGCUUCUCCUCCUGGCUGCAGGGCCUGCUGAGCCAGUACAGGAAGGAGGGCCGGGGCUCCGACCUCCUGUCUGAGCAGGAGUGGAAGGAGGUGGAACAGGCCACCGACUCGACCCCGGGCUCCCCGGCCGUCGACUCCCUCCGUAAGCUGAUCGUCACCGGCGAGUGGACGCGUUCGGAGAGGCUGUCCGGCGUCCUGGAGCCCGUCCUCAUGCGUCUCUGUGCCUGGUACCUCUACGGGGAGAAGCGCCGAGGCUUCGCCCUCAACCCGGUGGCAAACUUCCACCUGCAGAACGGAGCCACCAUGUGGAGGCUCAACUGGCACGCCGACACUAGCCCCAGGGGCGUGGCCAACUCCUGCGGCAUCAUGGUGAACUAUCGCUACUUCCUGAAGGAGACGUCUAAGAACAGCGCCCUCUACCUGCAGAACAAGGUGAUCACAGCCUCAGAGCAGGUGCUGGGGCUGGUGUCCCAGUAUCAGAAGAACAGCAAACUGUGAAAAAGACACAAGAAUACACCUGAGAGGCUUUUAUUCUGCAGGUUCGUUUGCACUUGGUGGGAAUAAUGUGUUGACUGAUGAAUAUAAUUGUGUUAAAUUUGUCCUUGAUAUUUGGCACGGUUCACCAAAUAUCCACAAACCAAUAGCUUGACUAAAUGGAUGUCAGCUGAUAUUAAUUUUGCAUUGAAAUUAGAGCAUUUCUUACGUGCCGUAGCUCAGCCCAUCUGCUGUUUGCCUCAUUAGAUUUCUGGCCGAAGCUGUUUGAUAUUGUGUAAGUGAUUCCUAGGACAGACUGCAGCUAAUGAAGCACGAGGCGUCCAUCAAUGCCGUAGCAUGUCCUGGGAUAGCAGCUACCAGAAUAAAUCUUGUUUAGAUUCUUUAUUUGGAUGAACUGUCUCACCGUAAACAUGUCAGAGAAUAGGGGGAACUGGAUUUCCUUUCUUUUUUUUUCUGUGCUUGGGUUUAUCUACACCUGCUGUUUUAGUGCUUUCCCCACUAAAGCUCAAUACACAAAGGCAUGAAAUCACAGAGUGGAAAUAUUAUUUCAUAUUAAAUAACUCUAAACAAAAUUGGAUUUUUUUUCCUACAUGUAUCACAGAUGCUCAAAUUUUACAGUCGACUGUGUUCACUUUAACCCGGCGGGCUGGACCCUCCUGGUGCCGCCGUUCAGGUCAUUUUUUUAGAUAAUUUGGCCUUCGCACGCACGCACACACAUGCACGCACGCACGCACGCACGCACGCACGCACGCACGCACGCACGCACACACAUGCACGCACGCACGCACGCACGCACGCACGCACGCACACACAUGCACGCACGCACGCACGCACGCACGCACACACACACAUACACACACACACCCCGGCAGCCUCUCCAGGGAGCCGUCCUGAUGUUCUAACUGCUCUGUACAGGUGCCAAGCAGGGCUCAUAUCAGCCCACACCCCAUUGUUGUGAAAUAAUAUAUCACAGCAAGUUGACUGUGAAAUUACAUUUUAUCUCUCCAAGGAGCCAAACUUUCUUUUCAUUUUUUUCACUCUCUCUAUCUCCCUCUCUCUCCCCCUUUUCUCUCUUUGUGCUGCUCCGUGUCCUAGAAACUAAUGGAGUGAGAAAUAAAGUUAAAGUAAAUGGCUA